AUGGCAUGGGCCGUCAUGGAAAAACAUGCUCAUAUGCAUCACUCCUCGAUCCGACUUCACCUUGACAAGAUGACAGGUGGCGCGCAGAUGAAGUUUGUAGCGGUAACGACUACAUGUGCCUUGUGCCGAAAAGAUGCGAGUGCAGGGGUGGUAGUCUACUUGGCAUGGUGUCUUGUGCAGGUGAGGCCAAAAGGACCAAGGACCAGAGGAUGGAGUGGUAUCAACUCGUAUUUGACUCCAGUAGCACUCGUCACUCGAAACCUAGGCUUGCUCGAGAGUCCGAACAAUGUCCUCGGUCGCCCGAGCAGAGUUCGAGUAAACGCCGUGGCUCAUCGCAGCGGCUGGUUUCCCGUCGGACAGGGCCAAAAGGGGAGGUCGGGAAAGAUGGGUGGACUACGGGGGGAUGCCGCCCAGUCACGCCUGGAACGACAUCACAGUGCAGCUGUAGGCCCUGCCCUGUUCCCCCUUCUCCGCACCGCUGCACCAUUCACCCUGACGGAUCCGCCCGGCACCCGUAGUCCUCCAGCUCACUGCAAAAAGGCCCACUUGCCAACCGUGCAACUUUUCCACCGCCAGCAUAAAGCCGUGCUCGUGCUCCCCGACUCUCCUAGAAAGAAGGCCGCGAGUCAAAUUUCCACCCUUGGCCCCUGCACGUCUAGAGGGCAGAGUACGCAAUUUUCUCCUUGGAUUCCGAAAUCCUGACACACAAUUCAAUCCUUUUUUUUUCUUUACCGCUUGGUUUAAUUCAACAGACCUCAGUACUUGCGCUAAGUAUAUAUGCUCUUGGACUACCUGGCCCCAAGUCUUCCCAAGCGACAAAUUUUGCAUAGCGACAUAUUCCUGUUCCUGUCCUUGACUACACUACCCUUAUAUACACCCACCCAUACAUACCAUAGCGACACUUCCUGAGCGACAUUCUUGCCCACCAGCAUCUC